AUGAAUAAAGAAGCAAAUUUCUUAGUGUUAUUCCUAAUUUUGAAUUGUUUUAUAAUUUUUUGUGCUGGUGGUAAGUUCAAAAAAUAAGUUAUCUCAAGAGUUUGGGUAACUUUUUUGAAUAGAAUUUUUUCUCGAAAAUCUCAGAAAAAUAUUUCCGUUCUGAUAGUCGAUUCAAAAGUUAUCUUAACUCGUGAAAUUCAUUUUUUAGUCAAUAUUCAAAAUGUUCAUAGGACCCCACUGUCUUCAUAGUGAAGUAAUUCUCAGUGAUUGGUGCGAUGAUGAUCAUUAUAACGUUGAAUAUUAUGAUCCUGCUAAAGGGGGAUAUGAUCCCAUAAAUGGAUGUUGUGGUAAGUUGUGAUUUAUAAAAAUGUUCCGAAGUGUAGAUGUUCUUUUGAGGCUCUAUCGCAAUAUAAGGGUCCCAUGGAAAUAUAAGGGUCCGUAAAAAAUAUAGGGGUCCGUAAUUUUGUUCAAGGGUCCCAAAAAAUAUAAGGGUCCGGUUUUUUUGAGGGUCUAUAAAAAAAAGUAUUUUCAAUUAUUUAUUUUUGGUGAUUUUUUUUUUUUAAUUUUUCACAUUUUUUUAGCCAGUCAGUAUUUUUCUAGGGGGUUUACUAAGCCUAAGCCUAAAAUAAUAGAGAAAUUUUGAAUCCUCUGGUAACUCUAUUUUCGGCUUUUCAGCUUCAGAAUUAGGCUUAGGCUUAGUAAACUCCCCGAAAAUACAAAGAAUCGUCAAAAAAUCAAAAAAUUAGACCUAUGAAAAAAAUCACGGACCCUUAUUUUUUUUGGGACCCUUAUAUUGAGAUAAAGCCAGAAUGUUAUAUAAAAAUGAUAUUUUCGAAAAAUAUUUUUUUUUCCCAGCUCUCAAUUCUAUCAAAUGUCCUGGAAGCGACAAGCAUCCAAAAAAGGGAUGCGCCUACAGUGGAAAUCAUUUAUCCAUAAUAUUGCACCUUCCCUCUUCUGACAGUGUGUGUUGUGGUGAGAUUUUCAUAUUUGUAUAAAAAGUUGUAUAAAAAGUAAACCCCCCUCUUCUUUAGAAAGGCAGAAAUUUCUUGCAGAUCUCAAUUGGUACAAAUGCCCGGCCGGAGAAGCACCAACACGAUGGCCGUGUGAAUCUGAAAGAUAUGAGUAUGAUUUACUUGGGAAUGGACAGUUUACGUUUUGUUGCAGUAAGUUAAUUCGUUGAUGAAUUUUUUAUCCCAUUAUUCGACGUCCAAAAAUGAAAAAUGGGAGGAAAAAAAGAACGUUUUCUGUCCAAAAAAACAAGGCACAUGCUGAAGUAUGGUACAACCUGCACAUCUAACUCGGUUACUGAAUGGAAAUUGGACAGGAAACUAACAAAAAUAUUCAAAUUGCAUAAGUCAGAUACGCAUGUUAAUUCCGUGUAGUACGGUUGUUCCCAAUCUGUUCCUUUAAUCUGGAAAUCCUAAUUUUAUGCAUUUUGGACAAAAAUUGUUCUAUCUCUCUCUCUUUUUCUUUCUGGACGCCGCAUAAAAAAGCUGUGUCCCAAAAUAUUUGUCCAUAUUUGAUUUCAGCGCUUGCUCAAUUUAAAUGUUAUGGUGGUGAACCGGCAAUAAGAAGAGCACCAUGUACAUAUUCACAAUAUGAAAUGAAAAUAGACGGUCACGAUUUAUGCUGUGGUAAGAUCAGUGAUUUUAACAAAUACUUCUUAACUUAUUGUAAUUUUUGAGACCUUGGUAACCUGAAAUGUUAUGGUGGUGACGCGCCAAGAAAAAGCCUAUCGUGUUCAGAUUCAGAAUAUGAAAUGAAAAUAGCCGGUCACGAUUUAUGUUGUGGUAAGAUCAGUGAUUUUAAUUUUUUUAAUUAGGGCUGCACGAUGGGGCUUGGGGGCGGCCCCUUCGCCCCCCCCCCACACGGGGCGAGAGCGCGAGCGAUUUUUGCACCGGGUAGCUGUUUAUUCAUAAAUAUAAGAUUAUUAUAAUUUUUCAGAUCUUGAUAAAUUGAAAUGUAAUAAUGGAAAACCACCAACGAUUUACCCAUGCACAGAAAAUCAACAUGUAAUGAUGUUAUAUAAUGAUCCGUUCUGUUGUGGUAAUGAAAAUAUAAUGAAAUCUAUGUAAGAAUUAUCGAAAUUUGGAAUUUCAGGAUUCGAAGAACUGAUAUGUCUCAGCGGAUCUAAGCCAGCUAAGUUCAGACACACAAAACCGUGCUCAAGUUCACAAUACAAAGCACAUUUUCCGAAAUAUGGUUAUUUUUGUUGUGGUAAGUCAAAUACACCAGGGGGGUGGGGAACCUGGCCUCAUGUUGGCUUUUGUGGGUUCGAUGUUCACCUCUGAACUGGUUUUUAUUUUUCACGUCCGCCACAUUUUUCAACUUUGACAAUAUCUCUUUGAAGAUAUUGGUGGAUUGACAUGUAUUGAUGGAAAAUCGCCAACAAACUUGCCAUGUUCAGAAAAGCAAUAUGAAAAGAAGUAUAAUGAAGAUUCAUUGUGUUGUGGUAAUGAAAAUACAAUGGAAAAAAAUAGACAAAAACUGAAAUUUCAGGGUUUGACGAGUUGAAAUGUUAUGGUGGAGAUAUGCCAACUAAAGAACCUUGUUCAAAUUCCCAAUACAAAACAAAUUUUCCGAAUUAUGGUGAUUUUUGUUGUGGUAUUAUCAAAAUAAAAAAAUUUGGCAAAAAAACGGAGCCCACAAAUUCAAAUGACACUCUUCCCAAGUACGGUGUUUCUUUCAGUCGCUGCGAGACCCAUAUGUGCGUCUUUGACUUUGUUUCUCUGCCCAAUGGUGUGGUCUCGAAACGGUGUUAGUGACGCAAAGGAAUACCGUACUUGGGGAAAUUGGGAUUUGAAUUUCUGGCUUCUCUUUUUUGCCAAAUUUUUUUACUUUUGAUAAUAAGUCGAAUAUAGCCCAAUUUGUUUUCGGUGGCCUAGGAUCCGACUCGGUUAUUUUUUUUCUCACCACAAUAUUCGUGAAUUUCAGGGCUUGAUGCUUUGAAAUGUAUCGAUGGAAAAUCGCCAACUCAUUUGCCAUGCUCACAAAAUCAAUAUGAAAAGAAGUUUAAUGAAGAUCAAUUUUGUUGUGGUAAUCAGAAAAUUGAAUGAAAUCUAUGUUUUAUCGAAAAUUGGAAUUUCAGGGUUUGACGAGUUGAAAUGUUAUGGUGGAGAUAUGCCAACUAAAGAACCGUGUUCAAAUUCACAAUAUAAAACAAAUUUUCCGAAUUACGGUGACUUUUGUUGCGGUAAGUAAGUCAAAUACAGCUGGCGCCAGGCCGAAUUUGUUUUCGGUGGCCUAGGAUCCGACUCGGUUUCUUUUUUCAGGACUUGAUGCAUUGAAAUGUUAUGGUGGAGUUAUCCCAACUCAUGAGCCAUGCACCAAUUCACAGUACAAAUCGGCUUUCUCGAAACUUGGUGAAUUUUGUUGCGGUAAGUCAAGCGCUUUUUGAAUUUUAUAAAUAUCAAAAUUUUGAAGAUUUCGACAAGCUGAAAUGUGACAAUGGAAAAUCGCCGACAAAUUUGCCAUGUUUGGAAGAAAAUCAAUAUGAAGUGAAGUUCAACGAAGAUCAAUUUUGUUGUGAUUUUGAAGAUAUUGUGUGCGCAGAUGGUAAAACUCCAUUAUCCACUUCAAAUGAUCACGAAAUGUAUGAAAAGAAAAAAUUGGUGCUCACUGGAGCACAAGUUUAUUGUGGUAAGCAUUUUAGGAACCCAGCAAAACCUAUAUAUUUAUUUUCAAUUUCAGAACGAUUCUUAGAAUGUCCAAACGGAAAAUUGGCUGAAAAUUCGAAAGAUUGCUUAAAUAAAAUAGUAUUUUCUUUGGAUUAUAGUAAUUUAUUCGAAAAAGAUUUAGUUUGUUGUGGUAAGAAUUCAUUUUUUUUAAAUCAAUCAAAUUGUUUUGUAGAACCAACAAAAAGCUGUCAAGUUACUGGAUCUUCUUUCGGUUUCAAAUCAAAAAUUGAUGGAGAAUUUGCGAUGGAAAAGGCGAAAUUGAAAAAUUCGGAGAAUUCGGGAUAUAUUCAUCAAGUUAUCAAGGGAAAACAAAAAUAUUUGUGUCGUGAGUUGACUUUUCGCGUCGCGUGCGGCUGUGCGUUGCGGUCGGGAAAGACCGCGACGCACAGCCGCACGCGACGCAAAAUAUAAUAAAAUAAUUUUUUAAGCGAUUCCAAUUGGUAGAAUUUGGUCAAAUAUUUAUAAACCGAUUGAAAAUCAAACAAUUCCCUCGAAAUAUUUGCCAAAUGAUUUCAAAAAUAUGAAUGAAAAUGGGAAACCGCUGAAAAUAUGUGAGAAAAAUGCGGAUUGUGAUGGAUUUUGUGAUGAUUAUACAACAUUUGCUGAAGAUCAAACUACACACAAAUUUUGUUAUGAUUGUGGGUUUUUUUGAAGUCGGGGACUGGUUUUCAUGAUCAUAAAUCAAUUUCGAUUGAUUUCGGUCAUAUUCAUUUGAAAAUCGUGAAAAUUUGACUGAAAAUGCUCAAUUUUAGGCCGAAAUCCUGAUUUCGACCCAAAUUUUUCAGAAAAUCAUGAAAAACAGGCUAUUUUGAGCAAAAAUUGACUAAAAAUAGCAAAUGCGCUUUAUUGAAAUAUCCCCGUUUCUUGAGGAAAAUUCAAAUUUUCAUUUUUUUUUGCAGAUCCAAAAGUUCCAUUGAAUAUUUCGAAAGAUUAUAAAAUAUUGAUUGAUUCACAAAAAACCAGCUUGCAAUUUUGUAAUUCAAAUGAGCAAUGUUUGAAAUUGAAAUCGAAUACAAAAUGCCUGAAAAAUGGAGAAAAUUGGAAUUUUAAAGGAAAAAAAUAUCAAGGAAUUUGUAUUGAAAAACUUCCGGUAAUUUUUUUUCAAAUAUUUUCUUUUUUUUUCGAACUUUCAAUUUUCAGCAAAAUUCCAAUGAAUUUCAAAUUUUGGCUGUAAUUAUUCCAAUUAUAGUUCUAAUUAUUUUAAUCGCUGGAAUCACUGGAUAUUUUUUGUAUGCGAAGAAAUUCAAGAAAAAUCGAGAAAAACCUGAAAAAUCGGCUGCAAGUCCAAGUUUAUCGAAUUCAAAAACUCCGACGCAAAAUACACCUAUUUGA